AUGGCUACUCAAGCACCAGCAUACAGUCAACCCGGUUAUCCACCGAUCGGACAAGAUCCCCCUCCACCCCAGUACCCGCCAGCAGGACCUCCGCCCGCCCAGUACCCGCCAGCAGGACCUCCGCCCGCCCAGUACCCGCCAGCAGGACCUCCGCCCGCCCAGUACCCGCCAGCAGGACCUCCGCCCGCCCAGUACCCGCCAGCAGGACCUCCGCCCGCCCAGUACCCACCAGCAGGAUAUCCACCGCAACCCCAACCUCCAACUGUAGUUGUGGUAAACGCUGGGUCCCACUCAGUCCGCUUCAGCAACAACCCCAUGAACAUGACAUGCCCUAACUGCCACUCUCAGAUACUGACCAGUGUUACUUACGAGAAUGGAACAAUGACCUGGGUUAUCUGCUUGGUUCUGUUUUUCUUCACCGCUAUUUGCUGUUUUAUCCCCUUCUUAGUUGACGGCUGUAAAGACGCUAUUCAUAGCUGUCCAUCCUGUAACAGAAUGCUUGGUCGCAAAAACGGUAUGUAG